AGCACUAAAAGAUAUUAGGAUUGGGCCGUUUUAUAUUUGGUACUGGUGAAUAGCUGUUUUUAGCCAAAAAAGCAUCUAUUCUGUCUGCUUUUACCCACAAUUUUGAUGAUAAACGUUGAAGGAUUUGAAGCGAGUGUCAAUGUUUUGUAGGAGUGAUUUUGUCACGUGAUCACUCAGACAGGCCAAGAUGGUGGACCGACUAGUGAACAGCGAUGCAAAUAACAAGCGUAUUGCAUUUGUGGAACAAUGCUUUGGGUCUUCAGGACAGCCUUUGACUGUCCCAGGACGGGUUCUGGUAGGAGAAGGGGUGUUGACUAAGAUGUGCAGGAAGAGGCCAAAGCCGAGGCAGUUCUUUCUCUUUAAUGAUAUAUUGGUGUAUGGAAAUAUUGUUAUAAAUAAGAAAAAGUACAAUAAACAACAUAUUCUACCACUAGAAGAUGUCAAAUUGCAGUCAGUUGAAGAUGAGGGAAGUUUACGAAAUGGAUGGCAGAUUAUUAGCCCUAGCAAGUCCUUUACUGUCUAUGCAGCCACUGCUACAGAGAAAGCUGAGUGGAUGGCACAUAUAAACAAAUGUGUACAAGACCUCCUAGCCAAGAGAGGAAAGAAGCACCAGGCAGUGGAUGACAGUCCAGUUUGGAUACCAGAUUCCGAGGCCAGUAAGUGCAUGCAGUGCAACAGAGUGGAGUUCUCUAUUCUAAAUCGAAGGCACCACUGCAGAAAGUGUGGCCGUGUGGUGUGUAACCCCUGCUCCAGCAAGAAAUGGCUGCUUCCGCAGCAGUCUUCCAAACCUUUGAGAGUAUGCUUGAACUGUUAUGAUCAGUUAGCUGCCAGUGGAUCAAGACCCGAUGACAGACUAGUUACCAAUGCUGGCAGUCAGGAGUCGUCAGGGGAAGAUUCCUCAGAUGAUGAUGAUGAUGAAGAAGAUACACCCACUGUCAGGGAUAAUGAGCCGUCAUUCUACCAAUGAGGGGUAAAAACUGCAGAGGAUGCAGCUUCUGAGUAAUGUACACUUCUCCAUUUUUAUGAAGAAGAGCAGUCAAACUUGAGUUGUGAUUACUGUAUGCUUCACUUGUACGUGGUUCAACACUCAAAGGGAGGAUCGUUUGUUUAUUAUUCCAGAAAAUGGCUGGAUGGAAAAGGCAGACAAACAAAGAAACAAAUAGAAAUACGUUUUUCAAAAUAGGAUUUAUAAUGCAGUGUUUAGAGUUUAUUUACCCAAGCAGCACUCAUGAUAUGUGUAAUAUUGUGCAUAAGUCUUUGUUAAUGCAGCAGUUAAUAAUUAUCAAUUAAAAUCUCGUCUGUACAUGCUUCUCACGUAAUUAAGCUGGAAUUGACUCUGUUCAGUGCAGUGGGAUAUAAUGCUUUUGCUUCCCUCUACACAGCAUGAUGGACUUAGCAAAGCCUAAACAGGUUUCUUGUGGAGAUAAAAUUUUGUGGCAAGAAAAUGAGAGGUGGCAAUUGUCAGAAACUAUUGUCAGUGUGUGGAAGAAAAUGCCGAUAUAAAACUUUAAUUUAUAUAUUAAGUAACAAAUGCUUUAAAAAUAGUGAUGGCUACUUGUAGGAUGCUAUUAACACAUUGGCAUCUCACUUUGAAUCUGUACAGUAAAAGAUUAUAUAUUAUCCCCAUAUCUUGUAUGUAUUGAAAAGCAAUAAAUAAAAUUCUUAUUCUAUGAGUUAUUGAAACAGUUGAAAAUAUUGUAAUCCAAUGAUGAACAUGGAAAUAAAAGAUAAGCACCAAUGUAAAAUUAGAUAAUUUCUGAGAUUCACUGUCAAUAAUUGAAUUGUGCAAUCUCUAAUAAAAUGCCAUUUUUGGCACUGUGCUUUUUUUUUACAUUUUGAAAUGCAUAUAUUAAACAAUUAUACAUAAUUUAUAGUUUUUCAGCGAAACUAAAAAAAUAUUAAGUGCAAAUUAAAGAUAAUUAUUGGAAAGAAAAGCAGUAGUGCAUGAGCAUAAUUUUACAAUAUACAUUCUGUGUAAUUGUCUUGUUUAAGUAGAGACAGUGCUGUGAACCCUGUUGAUAUUUUUGUUAAGAGCAUCAGUACUUUAUCAUAUUGUAAAUGCUUCAUUCCUGGUUUACCUUUAUGCAUAUCAGUCUUCAGAUCAUCUUAUCUAAGCCAGUAGUUAUCUAUUGUGCAAGUAGCUUUUUAAUGUAUUGAACUUCAUGUACAAAGUCUUGAUGUAUUGAUCUUUAUUUCCUGGAAUAUAAUGAAACUACAUGUAUGGCUACUGAUGAUGUAUUCCUUAUAUUCUUACACAAAGUGUUCAUUGAGUAAAAUUUGGUAUUCGGCAACCAUUCGGAUUUAUUAAAAUUCAUUUAUAGUUUUCAUCACAGAUUUCAAUAUGAUGGUAUUAUAAACUUUUCUUUUAGGAUUCAAUUGUUAGACAAUACAACAAUUUAAGUUUCCUUAAGUUGUGAAUUAAAUGUUAAAUUUUAAAUCGAAUUUAUUUCCCUCACUCACUCUGAAUGCUCUUAGAAGAGGAGUGUGAUUUCAACUUCACAGUCAUGAACAAAGUCAUUAAGGCAGUAUUCACAAUUUAAGGGGCCAUUCAGAAUGAGGGGCGCAGUAAUUAAAUCUCGGCUCCAUUCGACCAGACGCGUGAGGAGGCGUGGUGAGGUGGAGAGACCAUUACAGGAUUAAGUGGUCUUCCUUUCAUGUAGGUCCACUAUAUUUAGGCUGUGGACCAGUUAGCACUCGGAUCUUCUCAUUCUGAAUGGCCCCUAAGAAAGGUGUAAUAAUUCUCAUUUACUUUUAUGUACAUAUGUCUGAUUUUGUAGUCGUUGAAUAGAAAUGGAUCUGCCAACACUAAUAUUUUAGAGGUAACAAAAUAAAAUUCAUAAUGCAGAAA